AAAUUGAGUAGGGGAAAUCUACGAGAUAGCUCGAGUCAGACGAUGAUUGCUCUGGCUCCAGUGUCAUAGUUGUUCUGAUUUUAUAGCUGUUAUUUUUGGGUUAACAUGAGCGUUGAAGUGGAGCGAAAAUUUGUAUGUGAUCCAGAGAUUCACACAAAGUUAAAAGACAUUGGAGCUAUUUGUAUUGGCCAAAGGCGGUUCCAGGACCAGUAUUUUGAUUCUCCAGACUUUGACCUCACCUUGAAAGACUUCUGGCUGCGGUGCAGGGAGGGAUGCUGGGAACUGAAAUGUCCUGUGGUGCCCAAAACGCAGAAACACAGCAGCCAAGCAGAGGGACUGUGUUCACGCUACAGAGAAAUCACCACUGUACCUGAAAUACAGGCCGAAAUAGCAAAAGCUAUGGCAGGUAGACUCUGCCAUCCUAUUGGUAGCUGUAAAGAUGAUGAUGGUGAUGAUAAUAAAGCCACAGAAACAAGUGAUGUGGGGUCGGCAGCAGUGCUGUGUGAUGACUCAAUGGCUGACUGGCUGAGGGAGAGAAAUUUGACGUGCUUUGCCAAGUACACCACGGAGAGAUGCUCUUUUUCGCUGGCGGAGGACGGAGUGGAGGGUGUCGUGCGCGUUGAUCUGGACCAGGCCGACUUUGGCUACUGUGUGGGCGAGAUUGAGGUGCUAGUGGCAGAUGGAGGGGACAUACAAGCGGCGCAGCAGAGAAUCGAGAGGACUGCCGACAAGCUUGGUCUGUCCAGUGGCCAGAGAGUUGAAGGGAAAAUGGACGUCUACCUCCAGAGGAAUAAUCCUGAUCACUACGCCAAACUGUUGGCGGCUCACAUAUUGUAGAAAACCUGAACCAGAGUAGUAUGAAGUAGAAGUAGAAGUACUCUUACAGAUGUAAUUGCAACACUACUGGUAUGAUAUUACAUGAUUUCAACUUUAUAAUAUCAUACUACUAGUGUUGUAAUUACAUUUGUAAAAGUACUUCUACUUGUACUUCAUACAAAUGUACAACUCCGACCUGAACUAAUGGUUAGGGACUUUGGUCUUGGAAUGUAAAGGCUGCAGGUUCAAAUCCCAAAUCAUCCAUGGCUGAAGUGCCCUUGAGCAAGGCAUCUAACCAUACAUUGCUCCAGGGACUAUGACCAAUACCCUGCACCUAAGUAGUUACAGUUACCAGAGUCACUUACAGCUCUAUUAAAAGCAUCAGCUAAGCGCCAGUUUGGUGAAAAGCAUCACUUACGAGUACUAAAAUGAAGUUUUGAUAGAUUACUCAGAUAUACUGUUUUGAUGACUCAAUCUCAUCAUGCCUCACCUAUUGACUUGUAAACAUGUCAAAUUGGUUAAAUGAACUUAACUACCUCUGAGGUGCAUUUCUCAAAACCAUAGUUGCUGACUACGUUAGUUACUUUGUUGUUUACAUGCAAUUUCCCAUUGGCAACUACCCAAGUUGCUAACUGGCUAACAAC